CACUUUUCCCUCUUCAGCUAUGACAGGGGAUCCACAUUCAACGUGUUUGUGGGAAAAGGUCAGCUCAUUGCUGGGAUGGACAAAGCCCUGGUGGGCAUGUGCGUGAACGAGCGGCGGUUCGUGAGGAUCCCCCCCAAGCUCGCCUACGGGAGCGAGGGCGUCUCUGGUGUGAUACCCCCCAAUGCUGUGCUCCAUUUCGACGUGCUUCUGAUUGAUCUGUGGAACUCUGAGGAUGAAGUGCAGGUUCAGACUUACUUCAAACCUGAGAAGUGUCCUCGCACCGUCCAGGUGUCCGACUUCGUACGGUACCAUUACAAUGGGACCUUCUUAGAUGGGACCCUGUUUGAUUCGAGCCACAAUCGGAUGCGCACGUACGACACCUAUGUGGGCAUUGGGUGGCUGAUUCCUGGCAUGGACCAAGGCCUGCUGGGGAUGUGUGUGGGGGAGAAGCGCCUCAUCACGAUUCCACCUUUCCUGGCCUAUGGAGAGGAAGGAGAUGGUAAGGAGAUCCCUGGCCAAGCUUCCCUGGUCUUUGACGUGGUCUUGCUAGAUCUCCAUAACCCCAAGGAUGGUGUUGCUAUUGAGAACCAGGAGGUGCCUGAGUCAUGUGAGCGGAGGAGCCAGGCGGGAGACUUCCUCCGCUACCACUACAACGGCACACUUCUGGAUGGCACCUUGUUUGACUCCAGCUACUCCCGAAAUCGCACGUACGACACCUAUGUUGGGAAGGGCUACGUGAUUGCUGGGAUGGAUGAAGGUUUGCUGGGUGUGUGCACUGGUGAAAAGAGGCGGAUAAUAAUCCCCCCCCAUCUCGGGUAUGGAGAAGAAGGGAGAGGAAAGAUUCCAGGCUCUGCAGUGCUGGUCUUUGACAUCCACGUGGUUGACUUCCACAACCCCUCGGAUUCGGUGGGCAUCACUGUGAACCACAAACCUUCCAACUGCACCGUGCUGAGCAAGAAGGGAGAUUACCUCAAGUACCACUACAACGCCUCGCUGCUGGACGGCACGCUGCUGGACUCCACACACAGCCUUGGCAAGACCUACAACAUAGUCCUGGGCUCUGGGCAGGUGGUGGUGGGGAUGGACAUGGGCCUUCAGGACAUGUGUGUCGGGGAGCGACGGACGGUCGUGAUUCCACCUCACCUCGGUUAUGGAGAAGAAGGAGUUGAGGGGGAAGUCCCUGGAAGUGCUGUGCUAGUGUUCGACAUCGAGCUGCUGGAGCUGGUGUCUGGCCUGCCUGAAGGGUACAUGUUCGUGUGGAACGGGGAGGUCUCUCCCAACCUUUUUGAAGAAAUAGACCAGAAUCAUGAUGGAGAGGUUCUUCUGGAGGAGUUUUCAGAGUACAUUCAAGCUCAGGUUGAUUCUGGCAAAGGAAAACUGGCUCCCGGGUUUGAUUUUGAAAUGAUUGUUAAAAAUAUGUUCACCAAUCAAGACCGGGAUGGAAAUGGCAAAGUUACUGCUGAAGAAUUCAAGCUGAAAGACCAGGAGGCCAAAGAGGAACACGACGAGCUGUGA